ACAUCGGUUCUGUCAUGUUUGCAUUUAAAGGGUAUUUAAAAAUUUUCCGUUUUAAAUUUGUUUAUAUUCCUAAUUAGCGGUUUAUUAUGCGUUAAAGAGCCACCUGUUUGUUUUGACACGUUCUAUAACGAUAGGAAUCGACGGAGAUUGUAGAUUUCAUCAAACAUCGGGUUCCACGCGAGGAAGUGAAACACACAUCAAAAAUUCUAUUACAAGGCAAAAACACGGAUCGACCCAUUGAAAAGACAGUUGUAACAAUAGAUUUAAAGUGCCAAUACCUGCACUUUUUAUUCCAAAUAAAAAAAAAAAAACUCGAACGCACGACAGAGACAUUUAAAUAUGACAACAUAGACGUUCCACCCUCGCUUAAAUAGAGGAAAAAAUGGAUGUAGACUCAUUCCAGUGAUUUAAUCUCUAUCAAUAAUAUGUACCUUUAUAUAUGAAUGUGUGUGUCUGCGUUCAAGAUUAAUUUGCGAGACGGGGAAUAUUCCAUAUCACAACGAUAGACUUGCAGGUCCAUGCAAGCACACAAGAUUCGAUCCCGUCGAGAGAGAAAACUUAAUUACACAGGUAAUACAAAUCGAAUCGGGCAGGUAAAAGAAGAGGAGGGAUUUCGUCGUUUUUUCUCAUAGACGUACGGUAAGGACCGGUUUGUCCAACAUAACUUAGCAGACCCCGGACUGUGUAUUACGAGAGGGACAAAAUAUUGACGGAAUUACGGGAAUAAUUAAAUGGCCGUGGAUUUAAAUCUGAAUGGAGCGAGUGUAUGAAGAAAUGGUCCUUCAAAUCGAUAGACAGCAGCGAAAGAAGGGAUUGUUUUGUAGUUGUAAGGGCGUUCCAGUAGCGGGUGUCCAAGUUAAUUGAUCUAUCGGCAUUAUAAUUUGUGUUCUCAAAAAGGGAUAUACACACAAUAAAAAAACAGGAUAAUUCGGUGUAGGGUUAACACGAUUUAACUUCUAUAGUUCUUUUGGAGAAUCGCCAACCUAUCGAUCUAUAAAACGCAUGUCAUUAUAAACAGUACCUUGAUAACCGUGAAUUGGAUUUUUUUUAAAAUAUACAUUUGCUGACAUCUGUCGUGCGUUUGGCAUUGCGUGUACUCCGAGCACCAACUUCAAGAAGAUUUCCAGGUUGGAUAAGCUUUGAGGAGGGAGGAGACGUUCCGUAGGACAUUAUUUUCUCUCAUUUCUCACCUGGCAUUUAUUUACCUGUGUGAAAACAAGAAUAUACGGUGUUGCUGUUGGAAUUUCUAUAAACGUGACGUGACGGGAGUCAUUGAAGGUAAAUGAUGUAGAAAAUUAUAUCAAACCCAUUACAAUUCAUACCCAAGUGCAAAAAGGAUCAAAAAAGAACAAAAAUGGAAGAGGGAAAAUCUUUCAAAAGUACAUUACUAUGGCAAGUGAGCUGCAAUUCUCCAAUUCACCCAGCUCCGGUUCGAACGAUCGUCACGCGAGAUCCGGAAUAUAUAUUACCUGAAGUAAGUGAAAACAUUGAGGACAAAACCUUUUUCGCUUCCGAAACUCAUCUUCCGGCACCCCGACAUCUCAACUAUCAUUCCGACCCAGAGGAAAGUGACCAUCUGGUCCCAGGUAGGAUACUAAAGCUUGAUCACUGCGACAGCCAAGUGACAGUGGAGCCUCACGUGAUCCAUGCGCGUGAGUACCGGAUCGACAGCGGAUACGACGACUCCAGUCAUGUGUCCUCCGAUGGGAGUCAGGAGAUUGUGCCACACAUGGACUACAGGUCGGAUUCUCCGGACGACGAAGAUCGGAUGAUCCGAGCGGAGCAGAACCUUGUGAGGCGAUGUAGUAGACGAGUGGAACCUAUUCACGUUGACGAUCACUUGUCCCCGCGCACCGCAUCGCACGUACACAAACAGUCGUCGUUCGACGAACACUUAAGUGAUGCCCAUCAUGACCAUGGUGACCAUCAUGGCUCUAAAGCAAAAUUCACAAACGUUCAAGCACUCACCGCAAUGGCGAGAAAACUAUCUCGACCUAUCCUCCGAAAAGACGAUGACCCAGAAACGUCGUCGUUUGACGAGGCGUCGUGUGACAUUUCCGAGUGGGCGAAUGCGAGCGGAUCCACUGAUUCUCCGCGCAGUGACAAUACAUGUGAGUUCGAUAGAUAUUCCGAAAUCACGGUUGAAACACGGAAAGCGACCAAACCCACGGUGAAAGACCUUGACCUUUCUUACGAGAAAAAUCGGUCAAGGUCAGUUACAACUAGGCAGGUUCUAUCUCCAGCUGUCCCCGCCCUCUCACCUAAUCGAGACAAAUUCACGUUUUCCAGGAGCAUAAGUACUGCCUCUAGUCACUCCUCUUCAUCGGAUCCUUUAACACCAACAUCCGUUAUCGAUCCGUGUUUUCGAUGUAACAAACAAGUCUAUCAGUUGGACAAAGUUGGCCCUGUAAGGCGGGUGUUAUACCAUAAACAAUGUUUCCGUUGCGCUGAUUGCAGCACGUCGUUGAAUUUGAAGAGUUUUUGUCAAAACGCAAACGAUAAAAAUGACAAGCAGAUCUACUGCAAAAAACACCAACCGCAGCAGGAGAAAUGUCACGUGGGAAUUGAAGACCGGAACAUCAACAUUGCUCUGAACAACCCCAAACUGGAUCGGAUCAACACCAAUAUUCGCGGAACUGACGAAGAUAAAGUAAAGGGGAUGAAUCAGAGGCCGAUCUAUGUAAGAGGAGCAAGUAUACCAAAACUGGACAUUGUGUGUGGGAACCAGUACGGAUUUAGUUACACUGGUGGACAUCCGGUCGAACACGACGCUGGUUCUCAGCACCCGAAACCAAUGCUAAUCACAGGUCCGAGAGAAAUGAGCUUGGAGGAAGUUGAGCCAAAACGGAUGUGGUCCAGGUCUGCCAUUAAUGCUCCCAGCCUCGAUUUGAGUGCCCCGAUUUCCGGUAGAAGCACUCACCAUUUUUACUCCUAUGGAAGUUCAGCAUUUAACCAUUUAUGAUAUUUUGUCGGCAAAUUUUUCUUGCUCAUUUAACGUUGUUUACCCCAUGCUACGCUUCACUUAUAAUGUGUUCUGUUAUUAAAGAAAUUAUAUGCGCAAGAUGUACUUAACAUGUAUUUUAUGGGACCAAAGAACGUGUUGAUGAGAUUUACAACCAAUGUAUUCAGAACGUAUUUAAUAUAUACAUAUUCAUAUCUAUUUUUAUAAUACCUUGACAUAGGUAUACAUGUAUUUUUUAUAUUGCUUAUAAUUAUAAUAAGCCAUUUAAGGUUAUAAUAAUAAUAGCAUCUAAAGAAUGUAUGAUAUGGACACACUCCUGUAUAUACAAUAUAUACUUAAAAACCCCAUUUUUAACCAUAUUUUGGUCUGCUAUGAUGUGUGAGCUACAAAUAUUUAUUAUGGUUAUUUUGUCUGAGCCUUUGCAUGGGACACGUUUAUUUUGCUCAUUGCUAGUAACUCUUUGUCUCGAAAUCAGAUAACUUCCCAGGGCUGUUAAAGACAUUCAUUUUCUGUGUAUACAACAGUACACAUACUGCUUGCAAUUGAAUGUUUCGUAAAAGUCUAUUGAUUGCGCCAUUUUGCAGAGUGAACUUAUUUUACCUCAGCCUUUAUCUUGUAUUCCAAUCUGUUUUGAGUGUCAUGCAAAGUUGUGUUCAUAUUGCAGUUCAAUGUGUGUACAUGUAUAUUAUAUAGUUUUUGGAAACCAGUAUAUAAAUGAACGUCUGAAGAGAAAGGCCAAAAAUUAUUUUUGCUAUUUGCUAAUUCUUUGCUUUGUAUUAACCGUAUGUUUUACGUUGAUUUGAAUGCUGUGAUAUUUGUCCCUGUAACAACAACCCAAUCUUUAUACACAUGCCUCAAAAUACAAUAAUUAUAACAAAACUAAUAUAUCGUCCACUUUUAUUACCUCUGUAUAAAUAUGGCUAUAUAUUUUUGAAUAUACAUUUAUUUUGAUUAAAGCAAAUACAUUGUU